AUGCAUAAAAAGGAGGAAACUCCUCAUAUUCAAGAUUUUAAUAUUAAAAAUGGUAAUUCUAGUUCAAUAGCUGAAAAGCAAGAAAAGGUAACGAUACUUGCUGAUCAGGAUAUUCGAAGAAACACGGGUAAAAAAGAAAAACAUCAUACAAAUCUAAACGAAACUAUCAACAAUAGUGAUCGUGCAAUUCCCCGACAGAUAAUUCAAGGGAACUUCCGAUGAGUCAAAUGGAGGGUGUACCGACCUACUUAUCUCAUCCUCAGUGCUGCUGCUCAUUAUUACUGUCCAUCCAAGCCAUGUCUAUCUGCUAAAGCGUAGUUCACCUUAUCUAUAUU